GUGCGCAGUGUUCGAUAGAGAGCCCUACAAAUUUUACUGUGCAGAGGCCAAUUAAGUUGUGUAGUGGUUGUAAUCGCUUGAGACUGUAGAUUAGUCGAAUACACAUACAGGGAAAUUUGUCAACAAUGCCGAACUCAACAUCGACACCGAUAGGCCUAAUUCUGGUCUCAUCGGGGUCUAGGGGUGAAAAACUGUUAUUUAGGUAUCCGUAUCAAGAAACCAGUAGUCAGGAACAUACAGAAAAGGCCAAGCACAGCAGUCCAUAUGCCCUGCCAACAGAAGAUGAUGAUCUUGAUUAUUUUAGUGGCAGAUCUCAAAAUGAUUACACAGUUUUGGGAAAGCUUUAUGGGUUCUCUGAUAAGAUCCUGCCCGUAAUUUUAUGCAACACAAGUUUGUGUGGAAAGAAAUUUGAAUUAACGGUUGACGAUGUCAAAUUUGUCGGUCAUCCAACCGGAAUCAAUGAACGAGAUUUGAAAAAUUCAAGGAAAUACCAAAAGUCAAGUAAAAGAGAAGAAACGACGAUGACAAUGUUUAGUCUUGUGUUUGUACUUCAUGAAAAUGCAGACGUUUCAGUAGUUCACUGUUACCAUGACCUGUGCAAGAGACUAGCGCUAGCCUUGAAACAUGAGGAGAAACGAUGUGGCUACUUAAGUCACCAAGCGAAGAUCAUGCUCGCAGUUCACGACGAGGUCACGGCAAUGCCCGAAGAUUCGGAGACCUCUCCAUAUGAACUUAUGCUUACCAAAAGCAAACUAUGUGAAGAUCUUCAAAGUAUAUAUCUUGGUUUAUGUGAUACUGGGGUUACUAGAGUGCAUAUCAAUAAUUGGAUUGAAGUGAGCUUUUGCCUGCCUCACAAGGUGCACAAGGUUGAUCAAAUGAGGGCUAUUAAGUCGGAUGUUGUUGAGAAGUACUUGGCCGCCAUACGACCUUAUCAUGCCAUGCUGCUAUUGGAGGAGGAGUCAUCACUCAUUAUGUCGUUGCCGCCAGACUGCUCCCCGUCAUUGGUCAGAAUAAUUAAGCUAGCCACGCCAAUUAAAAGUUUACAACAGCUGUCACAAGAUAGUGACAUCGCUCUUUCACAGGUUUUUCAGCUUGUUGGUCAUUUGGUGUACUGGGGCAAAGCAACCGUCAUAUUUCCCCUUUGUGAAACCAAUAUUUACAUACUAUCACCACAAACACCAACACUAUUAAGCAAUUUACAGCUACUUGAAGACUUCAAUUCAAAGUUCCCGCAGUUUUCGCAGUUCCCGCUCACGGAAAACGCUGCACGCCAUGCUGCCCUCAUCUCUGUCUUGUCUGAGUUUUCACUGCCGACCCCCCUGAGUGAUCACACCACUAUAUUAGAUCAUGAUUUGCAAAAGGGAGACUUGGUAAAGUUGGUGGUUUGGUUGCUUAAAAGGAGACUUCUAGUGCAGCGGCACACAUAUACAUUCAUUGUUCCAAUGGAUCAGGAUGAAGAGGAAGAUAAGAAGCCAGGAAGGUACUUGGGAAAGCCUUUGGGAAGCCAUCAUAAAUUGGAAAUAGAAUUAAAACAGUCAGCUGCUGAGGCUGUGUCAGUUGAUUCUGAUGACAUAAAUACAGCUACUAGUACUAGCCUUGAUACGUUCUCGACUCGUUCAAUGGAGGAUGCACAAGCGUUAUAUCGCAGCAGGUCACUGGAGAUAUUAAAGGAGUAUUUAUCAGAGGAGGAGAUAGCUAGCGUGUGUAAAGUACCAGCAGCAAAUGUGGCUGAAGAUUUAAAACUAUUUGCCAGAUUGUGUCCAUAUUUUCGAGGACAUCACCACUUGGAAGAAAUCAUGUAUCUGGAGAAUAUGAACCGGUCUCAGCUGCACACAAUAUUAGACAAAUUCAGCCAGGUGCUCUUUACGUGCGUACAUGAAGAUGCAGCGACAGUAACUUACAAAGAAUUCUUAUGAGGGCGCACUGUUCACACUGACUCAUUUUCAGUGAUUAUUCUCCCUCUGCAAAUGCCAUGGCUAAGGACUUUCCAGUGGGGUAUUUUUAUGCGUCGUCCGCUACUGUAAAAAUGUAAAUUUUGAAACUGUAGUGUCAUCGUAAUCUAUUCUAAAGACUUGCUACAACAUAAAGCCCAUAUAUAGUCAUGAUGUGCCUAUAUAUGGUCAUGAUGUGAUGUCAGUAUAAUUUGAUAGACAUGUGGUGCAGGGGGUGAAGGGCCCCAAGAAGAUCCCCAGCAAUGGUGCCCUUUCAAGAACUUCCAAUUGGAUCAAUCAAUUCAGAUUACAGUACUGCCCAAUGUUUUUGUUGGUUGUAUAAACUGAUCAGGUUUUUGGUGAUUCUGUUGUGAUAACUUCUCUACUCUUCAUUUUAAUAUAUGUAUUGAGUUAUACAACGCAAGGACAGGCAGCACACGAUAUGAAAGUUUGGUAGACCGGUAAGCAUGUCCCCAGCUCGACCCGCAACUUCUUUCGUUCUUUAAACACUCAGGAAAUAUUCUAAGUUGGCCUGCAAAGUCUAUAGAAAAUUUAGAGGUAAAUUUAUUACAAUCUUGAAUCAAGUGGUAUUUCAAUUAACCAUCUCAAGCUUCCUACAAUACCAGUCUAUUCUGGAAGGGUUGGUCCUUCAUUAAGUGAAGGGCUUGAUGUUACUCUUUGCUCUCAGCGAACUUCCAUCCUGUUGUGCAUAGCGUAACAAAGCAUUUGUAGAAUCAGCUAGGGUGUCCCUGUAAAUAGUACAUUGGAAAAGGAUCACAUUGAGGGAGUUUCUUUCUUCACAUGGAACUUACUCAACAACUCUCCAAUCAGAACGUCGCUAAGGUUAACGGGGGAAUAGGAUGGGUGCCCCAGCCUAUUCCCUUCAUGGCGGCAAAUUAGUUCAGUCUGCAUCCCUAUAUGUCUCAAAAUACGGACAAACAAGCUGUAGGUGAUCAGUUGAUCAGGAGCAUCAAGUGAAAUGUUGACAGAAAUGUGUCUAAAUUAUAAAGUAUCUGCUUGCUUAUAAGUAUCCUUUACAAUCGCACUAUUUAGGGGAAUACCAUAAAACCUUGAAUUGAAGCCCAAAUGGGCUUAAUCUUGAAUUGAAGCCCCCUCUUUAGUUUGCAAAAGUAGCCUUGAAAAGCCCAUCUUAAAAAGAAGCUCAUCAAAGUUCGCAAAAAAAAAAAAAAAGCCCAGGGCUUCUAUUCGAGGUUCUAGGAUAUAUGCAUUUUUGUGCUUGCAAUGAGAUUUAAGUUGUAUUGAAAACUUUUUAAGAAACUUCAUCUUUUUGAAUAACAGAACAAAUUUAUGUCACAUGAUGAUGUAAAAAACAAAGCUAGUAAAAAUAUUUAGCCAAAAGAUAGAACAUAUGAAGCUGUGAAGAAAUGUGAAUAAUAUUUAACGGAAAUAAUGUUCUCAAGAUUUUAUAUUAAUAAAGAAUACAAAUAAAUAUAAAUCUA